UCAAAAUCACAAAAUGUUAUAAAACAUGGCUGAUUCGACUAGCAAACUUACAUCGUGAUAUUUAGACGUUACGUUAUAAUAAUAUUAGUUGUUUUAUUAAUUUUAAAGAUAUUAAGUAGUAAAAAGUGAAUAUAGUAUAAGUAUUAUAAGUUUUUUCUUAAUCUUGCGAGCGGAGACGAAAUUAAUAAUCGUCAGCGUACGCGUCACAUUGACAUAGUGAGAAAGUGUUGGGAAGUUGCCUCACGAAUGAAGGCAUAAUUAUUUUGUGUGAUUGUGCGAUGUCGUUUCCACCUCGGCCUCCGAUGGUGCCUUACGGGAUCGCUCCAGGAGUAGUCACAAUGCCCAUGGCCACUCAUGUGAUGGUGGGAGCGUACAGUGGCACGGUGACUACAGGUGGAGGCUCAGGUCGCGGUGCGCUGCUGCCCGCGCCCAAGUCAGGCCGCACCGCACCUAGACACACCAACGGCAAAGACCAUGAUGGACCCGCUGUCACUGUUUUCAUUGGCAACAUCAGCAGCCGCGCGCCGGAGGCGAUGAUCCGCGCGCUGCUGUCUGCGUGCGGGCCGGUGCUGAGCUGGAAGCGCGUCUCCACAUUCGGCUUCUGCGAGUUCGCGGGCCCCGAGGCGGCGCUGCGCUGCGUGCGUCUGCUGCACGACUUCCCGCUCGCCGACAAGAAGCUGCUCGCCCGCACCGACGGCAAGAUGCAGGGCCUCGUCGACACCUACAAGACGGAGCAGCGGUCGCGCAUGUCGGGCGAGGAGGCGGCGGGUGCGGCGGGCGCGGCGGGCGCGGGGGGCGCGGGGGGCGCGGCGGGCGAGGCGGACUCGUACCUGGACGCGGCGCAGCGCGCACUGGACGAGGCCGCACAGCGCCGGCUGGCCGACAUCGUGCGCGACCACCAGCACGAGAUCAACAACUACGAGCUGCUGCAGCAGGAGGAGGCGAUAUCGAAGACGGCGCGCGUGCUGGAGGAGGCGGACAUCUCGGAGGAGAAGCGGGAUGUGAUCCACCGCGAGAUCGGCAAGUUCCGCGAGAGCAUGAAGGAGGAGGCGGACGUGGUGGUGCGCCGCAAGCGAGACAACAAGGAGGACCGCGAGCGAGAGCGAGACCGCGACAGGGAAAGGGACCGCGAGCGCGACAGAGACCGCGAGAGGGAGCGGGACCGGGACAGGGAGAGGGAGAAGGAGCGCCGGCGGACCAGUCCCGCGGGGACGAAGGAGCGUCGCGAGGAUCGAGACCGGGACCGGGACAAGGACCGGGAGCGAGAGCGCGAGCGCGAGGAGCGGGACAGGGAACGCGAGCGGGAGCGGGAGAGGGAGGUGCGCGAGAGGGAGAGGGAACGAGAGGCGCGCGAGCGAGAGCGCGAGAGGGAGCGGGACAGGGAGAGGGAAAGAGAAAGGGAACGUGAGAGAGAGAGGGAAAGGGAACGAUCUCGCGACCGGGAGCGCGACAGGGACAGGGACAGGGAGAGGUCGCGCGGCCGCAGCAGGAGCGAGGCGGACGCGCGCCGGGAGAAGGAGGUGGAGGAGGAGCUGCGGGAGAAGAAGCGGCUCGAGAAGAAGGCGCGCGAGAAGGAGGCCGCCUACCAGGAGAGACUCCGCAACUGGGAGACGCGCGAGCGCCGCAAGAUGAAGGAGUACGAGAAGGAGAGGUCGCGGUCUCGCGGGCGCGAGGAGGAGCGCGAGCGCGAGGCCAAGCGCCUCAAGGAGUUCCUCGAGGACUACGAGGACGAGCGCGACGACCACAAGUACUACAAGGGCAAGGAGCUCGCGCGCAGGCUGGGCGCGCGCGUGCGCGAGGCAGAGGCGGACGCGCGCGAGCGGGCGCGCGAGGCCGACGAGCUGGAGGCGCUGCGCCGCGAGCUCACCGCCAACGCCUCCCCGCGCGCCGCCGCCGCCGCCUGGGAGCGCGCGCGUCGCGAGCACGACGAGCGCUACACGCCGCGCGCGCUGCUGCCCGACCAGCCCGCGCGCGCCGCCGCCCGCCAUCUGGCGCGCGCGGCGGCCCGCCAUCGCCAUCUGCAGGCGCGCGCGCGGCGCGACCUGCCCGCCGCCGCAGAGACCAUAGACUCCGACGACGCCGCGGACUCGCUGGCCGCCUCGCUCACCCCGCCCGCGCCCGCCUCCCCGCGCUCGCCCCGCUCCCCGCCCUCGCCGCACUCGCCGCGCUCGCCCGGCGACCCCCCGCCCGCGCCCGUCGCACCCCCCGCCGCAGCGGACGACGAGCACGAGCACGACCGGCACGAGCCCCGCGAGCCGGGCACCACGCCCCCGCGCCGCAGACACCGCAGGAGACAUCGCCGCGCCGAGACACCGCCCCUCGCAGACACGCCCCCGACACAUAGCGGCGGCAGCACGCCCCCGCGGCCGACCACACCCGAGCGACCUGCACGGCCGCAGCACGCGGGCGCUGCGGGCGCUGCGAGUGCUGCGGGUGCUGUAGGCGCGGUGUCCGGCGGCAGCUCGCCCAUCAGCAUCAGUUUCCGCACCAAGCCCAGCCCCACGCCCUCCGCCGACACGCCCACACAGGACGGUCGCAUGCGGCGCGUACACGCGGCCUUCGCACGCGACGACGACGACCUCCCGCCCCCCAACAAAGAGAAGCCGGGCAGUCGGCGACCCAGCACUGGCGGCAAGGAGCCGGAUAAAAGCAAAAAGGGCGAAGGCGGGGAGGGGGAGAAAGAGAAGGAGAACAAGUGCGCGGAGGAGAAGCGCAAACACAUCAAGAGCCUCAUUGACAAGAUCCCCACGCAGAAGGAGCAGCUCUUCCAGUACAAGCUCGACACGUCGCAGAUCGACAACGUGCUGAUGGAGAAGAAGAUCCGGCCCUGGAUCAACAAGAAGAUAAUCGAGUACAUCGGCGAGCCGGAGCCCACGCUGGUAGACUUCAUCUGCAGCAAGGUGCUCGCCGGCAGCGCGCCCGCCGGCAUCCUCGACGACGUGCAGAUGGUGCUGGACGACGAGGCUGAGGUGUUCGUAGUGAAGAUGUGGCGGCUGCUCAUCUACGAGCUGGAGGCGAAGCGCGCCGGACUGCACAAGUGAGCCGCUCACCACAACUCGCCGCGGCUCACCACAGCUCACCACGGCUCACUCACAGCUCACCACAGCUCACUCACAGCUCACCACAACGACGACACUGUGCACGUAGUGAUAAGGUCGAAAUUCCUAUAACGAAUGUAUAGUUUGAAAUAAAUGUGUAUUGUACAAGUAAGUGAAGUGAACAAUGCGCCUUGUAAAACAUAACUGUUUAAUUGUAAAUAGUUAAAACAUUAUAUAAGUUAAAUGAAUACAUAACAUUGUGUUACAUCUGCUGCUGUGUUACACACUCUGACAUUCUCUGACAUUCUCUGACAUUCU